CACGGCGUCUUCAGAAUUAUGAAAGACGUUUCGAAAAAAAGCUGCUCGGUUUUUAUAUAUCUUUUGUUUUAAGAAUAUCCGGGAUGGAGUUUUCGACGUUUUGCCAACAAACGCGUUAGAAGGGCUUACUUCGGAGGACCUGCGACUUCUGCUCUGCGGAACAUCUGACAUCAACAUCAAGAUUUUGCGUUCGUACACUAAUUUCACCGAUGAAAGCAGUGCAACAGCAGAGAAGCUUUUGUCUCACUUCAAAAAUUGGUUUUGGUCUGUUUUGGACAAAAUGACCGUCGAAGAAAAGCUCGACUUGAUUUAUUUUUGGACCGGCAGUCCAGCUUUGCCUUCGAGCGAAGAAGAUUUUCAGCCGCUGCCUAGUGUUGUGAUAAGACCGGCAGACGACCAUCACUUGCCUACGGCGAAUACGUGCAUUUCACGAUUAUACGUGCCGCUGUAUUCGACCAAACAGAUUCUCAAGCAGAAAAUGUUGAUGGCAAUCAAGGCAAAAACGUUUGGUUUUGUUUGA